AUGGGAUCCGUCAAGUCGUCCGUUGAGCCUGAUGAUGCUGCAUUCGGCGAUAUGGACUCAACGGCCCCAACCACACCAGAUGGGAGUGGAUCGUCGAGUCCUGUGCUCCGCGCGGAACAUUAUGUAGACAUCGUGGGUUUCGAGCGGCCCGAUUUGCCGCAAAUAAUGAUGUCUGCCGUUCAGGAUAUGGCGCGCCCCGUCCGCAAUAUAUGUUGUGUCGGCGCCGGCUAUGUCGGGGGCCCGACGGCUGCGGUCAUCGCUUAUCAAAACCCGCAUCUGCGUGUCACCGUAGUGGAUAAGAAUGAGCAGCGGAUACGAAGAUGGAACUCGAAGCAUUUGCCAAUUUACGAGCCGGGCCUAGGCGAUAUUGUUCGCAUUGCCCGUGAUGGAUCGAGGGCGUGCUUCUUGCCCCCGAAGGAAACCGACGAUUCGAAUAUCACCAACAACAGUAUCAAUGAUUCGGGAGCCUCCGUGCCUGCCCGGCAGCCGAACCUAUUCUUCUCUACUCAGGUGGCUAGGUGCAUCCGCGAGGCCGAUAUCGUCCUCAUCGCAGUCAAUACGCCAACUAAGACGAGAGGCACCGGGGCGGGUAGCGCAACCGAUAUGACAUCCUUCGAGGCUGUCACCAGCGAAGUUGCUCAGCACGCCCGACCUGGGACCAUCAUCGUGGAAAAGUCCACCGUCCCCUGCAGGACAGCCGAGCUUGUUCAGAAAACGAUGGCGGUUCACCGCCCCGGUGUUCAUUUCGAGGUUCUCUCCAAUCCCGAGUUCUUAGCCGCUGGUACGGCAAUGAAGGAUAUCAUGCAUCCCGAUCGCGUGCUGAUUGGAUCCUCGACGACGUUGUCCGGCCGUCGCGCUGCUGAAGCUUUGGUGGGGGUCUAUGCCGCAUGGGUCCCGCGCUCGCGCAUCAUCACCACUAACGUCUACUCGUCGGAGUUGUCUAAGCUCGUGGCGAACUCGAUGUUAGCGCAGCGCAUCAGCAGCAUCAACUCCAUAUCCGCGAUCUGCGAGAGGACAGGCGCGGAUGUCGACGAGAUCGCGGCAGCCAUCGGCUGCGAUCCUCGGAUCGGGGACAAGUUCCUGAAGGCGGGCAUCGGCUUCGGCGGGAGCUGCUUCAAGAAGGACAUUUUAAGCCUGGUGUACCUGGCGGAAUCGCUCGACCUCGACGAGGUGGGCGAAUACUGGCGGCAGGUGGUCAAGAUGAACGAAUACCAACGCGAUCGCUUCGCUAAACGAGUAAUCAAGUGCUUAAAUAAUACGUUAGUGGGCAAGAAGAUCACCCUGCUAGGUUACGCAUUCAAAGCCAACACUUCGGACACGAGGGAAUCGCCUGCGCUCGAGAUCAUCAAGACACUCUUGGAGGAGAGCCCCAAGGAAAUCGCCAUAUACGACCCCUGCUGCAACCCCGUGGUCGUCCGGGCAGAGAUCAAGGCGCUUCUCAAAGGCCAAGCCGCGCUCAAGGAAGACGGGGGCGCGAUCGAAGUCUACUCGAACGCGUACACGGCCUGCUCUAGCAGCCAUGCUGUUCUCAUCACGACCGAGUUUGACGAAUUCAGGAACAUCCCGUCGAAGGCUCCGUCGAAAGCGCCGGCUCGGGCAAUUGCUGCGCUGCAAGCGGCGAAGAAGGUCGACCCCCGACCGUCCCUUUACAAGCCAUCGGAAACAGACAUCCUCGACCUCCAGAAGUUCUUACUGCGCACGGCUCCCGCGGCGAUGUACCCGGACAGCGACCCGCUGCAGCGAUAUAAGCCGGAGCCGCCGUGCGAGAGCGACUGUCCCGACUGCGAGCUCAUCAAGACGAGUGGCUACUCGACGGCGGGGAAUUCGAGCGAGGACAGGAAAAAGGAGCAGCUGGACUGGAGCAAGAUCUCGUAUCACAUGAACAAGCCGAAGUGGCUGUUUGACGGAAAGGGCAUUAUCGACGCGAAGGCGAUGGGCAAGCUAGGCAUCCGGGUGGAGAGCGUUGGGCGCGUCAGCGCUUGA